AUGGGACAGGUCGUCUACCUUGGCCUCUGCCUCCUGAGCUGCCUGCUCUUGAACCCCCUGGUGGAAGGUGCCCAGAACGGCACAGUAGUGGAAGGCCGUGCUCGAUGUCCUCCCAAUGUGCUGUACUACAAGCAGUUCUGUUACCAAUUUGUAAACAGCUAUGUCUCCUGGCAUCUUGCAGAGGUCAACUGUCAGGGCAUAGCUUCCGGGCCCGAAGCUCACCUGGCUUCUCUUCUUUCGCAAAAUGAGGGGAAAAUAGUCGCCUCCUACCUGAAUAGCAAGAGUGCCAGCAACGUCUGGGUUGGUCUGGAGGGCACCCGCAACAAUGGGUACAUGGUCUGGGAAUGGAGCGACGCAUCCCCUCUCAGCUUGCCUCUCUGGGACGGCCGCAGCCUCAGCACCGCCAUUUCCUCCUACGAAUGUGUCGCCAUGACCAACAUCCAGAACACAAAUGCUCAGAAAUGGGCACAGCGCACCUGUGCUGACACCUUGCCAUACCUGUGCAAAUACAGAGCUGGCUAUUAG